UGACAACUUUUUGACAGAUGGAAAUUUUGCUUUGAUUUUUUUGGGGAGAAAAACACAAAAAUUCAGUAAAUAAAUUAAUUUCCAAGCAAUGGAGAGUGAAAGAAAGGAAUUUUCCGAUCUCUGUACGCAAUUUUUGUUCCUUAAUCACUAUGACGAGGCCGCGGGAGUGUCAAUUAUUGAAUUAAAUCUCGUCCUGAAUGAAUUAAAUGCCAUUUGCUUUCGACAUCAACAGAUUGCAGAUUCAAAAUAUGCUGGCGCAUUGAUGGCAGCCUUCCCUAAAAUUCCCAUCAAGGAGGAUACCCUGGUGGUAAAGGCGUGCUGCCUCAUGGUAUCCCUGGUGAAGAAGCAAAAUAUCCGUAUCCCUCCACACAUUGCAAAUGCCAACAUUGUCUGGCUCCUGAGAUGUCUGGAAGGGAAUUUUCAUGCUGUGAUCCAUGAGGCUGUUAAAGCCUUCAGUGCUCUCCUGCUGAACAAUGUCAACACACUGGAGAUUCCCUAUGAGAGAUUCUUCUCAGGGGAUCGAGGGCUCUUCACGAAGCUCCUCAAGAAUCCCAAAAUAGUCAAUAAUCCGGAUGUGAAGUAUGAAAAGAACAGUGAAGAGGAGAUUUUUCUCUCAACCCUCACCUGUGUGGACACAAUCCUUUCGGGUUACGCGGAAGUGGAAGCUGUGACAAAGAUUCCCAAUGAAUAUAUAACAAAUAUCGGGGAAAUUAUUCUCCGGAAUAUCUACAGGUGGGAGCUUGUGACACUUGGGGAGGUGAACUACGCCACCUUCAUCUACCGCAGUCUCAACAUUCUCAAAAUCCUCACUGACCUGCAAGAAAUGUGGAUCGUGGAGAAUCUCGGGGAGAUCUUGGGAGCUGCCAGGGCGUUCACAAUGACGGGAUAUGUGGAUGGGGAUUGGAUGAAGCCACGAAGGGUAGCACCAUCGCAGCAAAUCCUCGUAGAGCCCCAGAAUCAGACCACGAGCAAAGGAGGGAAGGUAAUCCGGGCCAAAAAAGGGAAGAAGCUCUCAAAAUCAAGUCAAAAGUCAGGCAAAAAGAACAAAAAUCCCAAAAAUGAGGAUCACAGUCAAUUCAUCAAGCCCUAUUCGUACGAGAGCACCAUAGAGAAUGCCUUUGGGGAUUCCUCAGAGGAACAGGCAGCCUUCCAGACGAGUGAAUCCGAACUCUCUGACUCUGGUGGCGGCAAAAUGAGUCACGAUCUUCGGCAGAAGAAGUAUCGCGUGCGAUUGGCAGCCAUUCAACUUAUUGGCGCCCUGGCCAAAGCUGUCGAUCGGAAGACAAUGUUCGGCUUCUGGCACUGCCUCUUUGCACCAAAUGAUACCGAACAGGUGGCUUCGGUGACGCUGGAUGGAUGUAUUUUACAUGAUCCAAGCCAUCGGUGCCGCAUUGCAGCUCUCCAGACAAUUUCCUACCUCCUCCAUGACGCCAAAAAGUUCCUCUAUCAAGCUGAAAGCGUCGACCGGGAAUCGGCGUCCUUCACCCCAUUCUCCGUGGCUCUCGGGAAGAUGGUUGUGCAGCUGUAUCAGGCUCUCCUUCAAGCACUCAACACGGAAUCCCUGACGCCGCUUAUUGUGCAAAUUCUCAAAUGCUUCAAUAUCCUCAUUCCGGCAACACCUUUCCAUCGCCUUAAAUCGGGAAUAAUUACAAAACUAGUUGAGAAAAUUCGAAAGUUGAUCCAUCACUGGGACGCCACUGUUAAACUACACGCAUUCCGUGUUAUGGGCUACAUUAUUUCCAUCACAGACAUCACACCGGAGAUCAUGACGUGUAUUGGGGUCGAACGAUUAACUGUACGUACGGAAAACAUUCACCGGAAGUACUUGGAGGAUGUUGGCAAUGAGGAGGAUUACGAUGAGAGUGUUGAAGUUGAGGCGGAUGCGGAGGAAGCAACGGAGCAGGAAGACAGUGUGAACGAACUGGGGGAGAAGAGAAUGGCUUGGAUCCUCGAGGAUUUGCUUAGUUGCAUUUCGGCGGGAAAAGAGCGACAGAGGGCGCCACAGGUGUUGGAAAUUCACACGGAAUGCUUAACAUUGUUGGCUGCCAUGUCUGCUCACAUUGGAAUAAUGCUUGGGCACUUGAAGCCCAUUGCGCAAGCCAUAAGGGCGGGAUUAGAGAGUGAUGCUUCGGCAAUUGUGGUCAAUUCGGCGAAAGCUCUGGAUUUUAUUGCUCACUCCAUCACGCAGUAUUUUCUCAAUGCGUCCACGGUGAAGGCAACAGGGGAACUGGAGGAUGCUCUGAUGCUGUGGACGGUAACCCUUCCGGCUGUUACGGAACACCUUCAGGGUACAGUGACAAAUGUUAAGGUUAUCUGCUGUGAUGCUCUGUCCAAUAUUGGUGGGCAUGUGUACGAGAAGCUCCCAAGGGACAAACAAUUCCUCAUCCUUUCCCUCCUGCACGGCAAUACGAGUAACAAUGAGACAAUCGUGAGGGCAUCAGCAUGCCGGGCGCUUAGCGUUCUUGCGCAAUUCCCCUCGCUACGGGAUGAUUUGGUCUUCUUGGAGAAUACCGCAGAAAUGGUGACAGAUCUCAUACCGAUGGGUGAUGAGUUGAGUCGCAUGAAGGCUGCCUGGGCACUUGGGAACAUCACAGAUAUUCAUCAUCUCAAAUCCGACAGUCCAUUUGAUCGGCUACGCGACGAUCUGCUCGAGAAGAUGCUGCGAACGACUGUUGCUGCGUGCGAUGAUCAGUACAAGGUGCGAUGCAAUAUUGUGCGUGCCAUUGGGAAUCUCCUCUAUCUCAUUCGAGAGGAUCUACUGGUGCAGGAAUCGUGGCAGGAGCUGGUGGGGAAGGUGAUUGAGUGCCUCGUUGUCAAUGCGCGCGAUGUGAAAUUCAUGAAAGUCCGCUGGAAUGCCUGCUACGCCAUGGGGAAUAUGAUGCGCAACAUAUGCUUCUACACUGAAGCAGCUCAGCGGCGACUCAACUGGCAGACACUGAUCUUUCCGGCACUAUGUGAGCUUGUCGUCAACAAUCCCAACUUCAAGGUGCGCAUCAAUGCAACAGUUGCCCUGGCCAGUGUCCCCCAACGGGAUGGUUAUGGGCAGCAUUUUGCAUCCAUUUGGUCAGCACUGAUCCUCGCACUGGAACAUGCAGUUAAUCUGACGGAUUUCAACGAGUACAAGCACAGGGAUAACCUAAUGGACCAACUCUGCCUAACCCUGGCGCAUUUUAUCAUUUGCACCCAAACUACGGACUUGGUGGCCAUGCAGCAAGAGCUUCUGCCACAUGUUGAGGUUACCAGAGAAAAUUGGUCAAGGGUGGCAAAUAGGAUUCUCCCAGAACGUGCAACGCCUCUCCUCCUGGCCGCACAGAAGUUGAAGAAUUUCGCAGAGGAGAAGCUGACGCCAGAUCAGCAGCUUGCAUCCAAUUUCCUGGCUUCCUGCUUCAUCUCACCCGUUGAGUAUGCCUGAAAUGCCUUAAAAAUCUGCCCAAAAUCAAGAAGAAUCAAUAAAUUAUCAAACAUUGAAGGA